CUACUACUACUGUCACAAACCUAUUAUACCAUAGAAAGAACAUUAAGUACGCAGCAUGCAUCCUCUAAUUAAUAAGAUGGAGAAAGAGAGAGAUCAGAGAGAGAUAUUAAGCCAAAUAAGAGAGAAAGACAGAUCAUUUUGAGAGUGACACUAAAACAAACAGAUGAGAAGCCCAUUACAGCUUUCUCCAUCAAAGCAAACGCCAGGGGGUGGGGGUUCUAGCAAGAAGGCUGAUUCGGUGGCAUGUUGCAGCAACGUGGGGCUGAAGAGGGGGCCUUGGACGGCGGAGGAAGAUGAGCUGCUGGCUGCUUACAUAAAGAGGGAAGGCGAGGGAAGGUGGAGGACGUUGCCAAAGAAGGCGGGACUGCUACGCUGCGGCAAGAGCUGCCGCCUCCGCUGGAUGAACUACCUCCUACCCUCUGUCAAGCGCGGCCACAUCUCCCCUGAUGAAGAAGACCUCAUUCACCGCCUCCUCGGCAACAGAUGGUCCCUAAUAGCUGGAAGAAUUCCGGGUCGAACCGAUAAUGAGAUAAAGAACUACUGGAACACUCACCUCAGCAAGAAGUUGAUCAGCCAAGGAAUAGACCCAAAAACUCACAAGCCAUUAAAUCCUAAUCCCAUUGAUCAUAACAAGAAAUUAGAACAAUGUUAUGCUUCCUCAGCAAGUUAUCAUCACCAGCAUGUCCCUUUUGCCAGCGCCCUCAAAGAUGGAAAUGGAAUGAUGAGCAAAGGAGAUGGGAGCAUUAAGUUAUAGAAAUAGGUGAUUUUAUUGGCUCUGCAAUGACAAUUUUCUUCUUAGGCUACUAAGUUAGGACAGCAACUCCAUAUUGUGCAAAGAGAGGAGAGAACAAUCCCUCUCUCCUUUAAAUGAAUAAAGAAUGGCCCUUUUAAAGCGUAAAUGGCAUUAAAAGAUUUUGUUGUA